CCCCAGAAUUCGGGCGCGCACCGGGGUUCCCACCCGGCUGCCGGACUGGACUCGUGUAAUCGCCAGCGCCCGGGUGCCACCUGGCCAAUCGCCAGGUACCGGGACAGAGCUGGCCUGUGUUUCACACCUCCCUUGCAAAAUUGAGCCAGCCCGGAGGCCUUGGGGAGGCGCGUCCGGUGGCGCAUCGGAGAGCGCAACAGGCAGAAUUCGUUCCUGGUGGAGAGAAGCUCCUCCUCUGGUUCCCAGACCCCUUGAGGCUUUAGGAACCAGUAGGUGAAAUUAUCUGCCUUGAAGGAGAAACAGCGCCUGCUCCUUCAUCAAGAGGAAGCUGUUCAUUGCUAUGGAUACCGAAUCCACAUAUUCUGGAUAUUCAUACUAUUCAAGCCAUUCAAAAAAAUCUCACAGACAAGGGGAGAGAACUAGAGAGAGACACAAAUCACCCCGAAAUAAAGAUGGCAGAGGGUCAGAAAAAUCUGUCACCAUUCAGGCUCCCACCGGAGAGCCCCUGUUGGCAAACGAUUCUACUCGGACAGAGGAAGUUCAGGAUGACAACUGGGGCGAGACCACCACAGCCAUCACGGGCACCUCGGAGCACAGCAUAUCCCAAGAGGACAUUGCCAGGAUCAGCAAGGACAUGGAGGACAGCGUGGGGCUGGAUUGUAAACGUUACCUGGGCCUCACCAUCGCCUCGUUUCUGGGACUCCUAGUUUUCCUCACCCCCAUUGCCUUCAUCCUGUUACCCCCGAUCCUGUGGAGGGACGAGCUGGAACCUUGUGGCACCAUCUGCGAGGGACUCUUUAUCUCCGUGUCGUUCAAACUCCUCAUUCUGCUCAUAGGAACCUGGGCCCUUUUCUUCCGCAAGCAGAGAGCCGACGUGCCACGGGUGUUUGUGUUCCGAGCCCUGUUACUGGUCCUCAUCUUCCUCUUUGUGGUUUCCUAUUGGCUUUUUUAUGGAGUCCGUAUUUUGGACUCUCGGGACCGAAACUACCAGGGCAUUGUGCAAUACGCCGUCUCCCUCGUGGAUGCCCUCCUCUUCAUCCAUUACCUGGCCAUCGUCCUGUUGGAGCUCCGGCAGCUGCAGCCCAUGUUCACGCUGCAGGUGGUCCGCUCCACUGAUGGAGAGUCCCGGUUCUACAGCUUGGGACACCUGAGUAUCCAACGAGCAGCUUUGGUGGUUCUGGAAAAUUACUACAAAGAUUUCACCAUCUAUAACCCGAACCUCCUCACAGCCUCCAAAUUCCGGGCAGCCAAGCACAUGGCCGGGCUGAAAGUCUACAACGUAGACGCUGCCCUUAUGGCCAAACUGAAACUUUGUGUAACAGAUGGCCCCAGUAACAACGCCACAGGUCAGUCCCGGGCCAUGAUCGCUGCGGCCGCUCGGCGCAGGGACUCCAGCCACAACGAAUUGUAUUACGAAGAGGCUGAGCAUGAACGGCGGGUGAAGAAGCGGAGAGCAAGGCUGGUGGUGGCAGUGGAAGAGGCCUUCAUCCACAUCCAGCGCCUCCAGGCAGAGGAGCAGCAGAAAGCCCCAGGGGAGGUGAUGGACCCCCGGGAGGCGGCCCAGGCCAUCUUCCCCUCCAUGGCCAGGGCGCUGCAGAAGUAUCUGCGCACCACCCGGCAGCAGCACUACCACAGCAUGGAGAGCAUCCUGCAGCACCUGGCCUUCUGCAUCACCAACAGCAUGACGCCCAAGGCCUUCUUAGAACGAUACCUCAGCGCCGGACCCACCUUGCAGUAUGACAAGGAGCGUUGGCUGUCUACGCAGUGGAGACUGAUCAGUGACGAGGCAGUGACGAACGGGUUACGGGAUGGGAUCGUUUUCGUCCUUAAAUGCUUGGACUUCAGCCUCGUAGUCAAUGUGAAGAAAAUUCCAUUCAUCGUCCUCUCCGAAGAGUUCAUAGACCCCAAAUCUCACAAAUUCGUUCUUCGCCUACAAUCUGAGACAUCAGUUUAAAAGUCCUAUAUUUGUGUCUUUAUAUAAAAAGAAGAAUAUAUAGAGAAUUAUAUAUGUCCAGAGGGGUGUCUUUUUUUAAAAAAAAAAAAAAGUUUUUUUAUUCUUCAUUGAUGACUGAAACUGGCAGAUGAUAGACCAGUAUCCUUUGACCAUCUGCACUUUAUUCGUAAGGAAGCAGGGGAGAGCCAUCCUGACAAAAAGUGACCGGUGGCCCCUGACUUUCAUAGAGGGGACUUCUCAAAAAGCCGUUCUCUGGAGUCUGCGACGGCUGUAAACCAAAGCAGAGCUGCUGCAUCCUCGGGAGCCUCGCCUUACAACUAGUCCCUGCCUCUCGUCCAGAUCCAGGACCACAUCCCCCGUUGCUUCUGGUCAACCUCUUCCUGGAUUCUAGGGGACCCAUCUGAUUCUGUUUCACCAGACCCUGCACAUCCGUGUGGGAAUCACGGGCAGUUCCAGAGACUCCUAGCCUUCAUCUUUGUUCUUUGUUGCCUUAGAUGCCUCAGAGAAAGAUCUCCCCUACACACACACACACACACACACACACACACACACACACAAAAUGUGCACUAUCAGGUUACAGCUAUUAAGUGAUUUACUUUUUUUGUUUUUUCAAAGAGAAAACCUUCCUGCUCUGUUCCUGAUCCCAUUCCUCUGCUCAUUCAACCAGGGAGCCCUUUCCUGUCCCUGGGAUGGCCCAGCUGGACUUCACUCCAUCCCACCCUCUGUAGCAUACAUACAUACUAUGGCCCUACCCCAUGGGCAACCCUGGCUAGGCAAGCUCAGCUCUCCAAAGAUCUCCACGUGUGCCCACAGGCUCUUUGUUUCCACAGGGAAGAAUGGCCUACCAGGUAGAACCCAGUAGAGCGGACCUACUGGCACGCCCUCCUAGGCUGCAGCAGGAGCUGCACUCCACCCUACCCCAUCCUUCUCCCCCACAGAUCCAUACCAACCAGGGGAGACUAACAUUGUGACUCUGGGGUGGGCAGGUGCCCAUUUGAAGCCAUCUGAUUUCCUAGGGCAAUAAGUUCUCAUGCAACUCAACCUGCCCUGCCAAGCGGGACCAAACAAUGCCGUUCACACUGGCAACGAUUGCUGGCCAGUCCCUGUGUUUCCUGACCACAGUCACUGUGCAACUUAUCACCUCAGCCACUUGCUUGGGGGCUCGCUUGGUUCCUGAUAUAUCAAUUGUUCAAUUGUUGGUCAGGUAGAGAGAGGAAAAGGGGAGGAGGCUACAGAGUAUGGGGCAAGGAGAUGAGGGAGCCAAUCUUCUAGUUCAAAAUGGUUCUUCUGUGAUCUCUUUCUUAAAGGCAGCUGGCUUCUGAGGGCUCUCCCCAAGCUGCACAAACUGUGGGCAGGGGAUCUGUCUUGGGCAAAAUCCUGCUGCAGGGGAGUGCCUUCAGGAGCCACAUCUAGAUACCUUUCAGUGGUUUGUGCUUAUGUUUACCCUCCUUUAUCUGCAGCAAACCUAUUAAAAGUAAUCAUUCUUCCCUUUCCCCAAUAUUUAGGGUGACCAGUUAUCUCGUCUCAGUGGAGGAUGGCAGCGUUAAAAUGUCUGUUGUUCCAUGUGUCUGCGCACGCACUUGCCAUUCCAUGCAUUUGGCAAGCCGCAGGGUAUUUUUGUGGGUCCUUUUAAAAAUUAAAAUUGGCUUUGGGUAUCUGUAACUACAACUGUACCUGAAAUCAAGUUAACAUUGUUCUUGAUUCAGCAGCCUUCAGCUCAAAAAGAUGGGCUGGAGGAGAAAGGAGGAGAAAGCCGUGGGCGUGGCGUGGAGCCAGGAUGUACGAUUCAACAGCGUGGUUCUGUUUAUGAAAAACACAUACCAUGUAACCAUGGUGCUUUUUGUUCUCCGUUUUUGCCUCUGGGUCCCUUCAAACUGGAAGUUCCUUAUGAUGUCUUUCUCAGGAAAUAUUUCUUAGGUAGGAUAAGAGAGGGUGAAUAGAUGUGAGAUUUGGGCCACGUAAAGAGAACAUCUCAGACCAGCCGCUGUGCCAUGAAUACGGUGCAGUUGGGAAGUGCCGUGAACGUGUGUGUGUACCUAGAGUCAGUAAUGAUACUGUUCAUUGGCAUUUUAAAAUACUGGGCUUCCAACCGUAUCUUGAAUUACCAGUCUGGAAGGAGUUAAUUUGGAUUCAUUCACUUUGGCAUGUACAUUCCCAGCAGGGUGAAGAAAGGUUUAAAUUAAGGAAUUUAUUUUCUCUCUCCUCCUCUCCCCAUCGUCUCCCUCUUCCACUCUUUGUACAGGAGAACGUCAGACUUUCUGAAAUUAUUGUUUCUGUUUUAAAUUGAAUAUCGAUUUUUUUUUUUACACAAACUUUGUAUUGAGUCCUUCUUGAAAGAGUAACAAAAUGAAAUACAGGAUCCUUAUAAAGCCUUGGUACUUUCGACAUCUUAAUAGCUAGAGUUACUGGUGCAUUGGGAACUAUGUAGAUGGCAUUAAAAAAUGUAAGGUUGCAGAAAGCUGCAUCGCACAAUUGAACACAAUAAAUUUUUAUUUCAGUUCUUGGAAACAGCGGGCUGUUCUUUCUAAUGGGGCAAAACGGUGCCCCAAGGCUAGUAGAGUGUAUGCUCCUAUGAGAGGAGAUAGGAUUUCAUUUACCUUAAAUGUUUAUAGAUUUUCUAUAACUUUCAACCUAAGUUAUUAAAAUCUAACAUUAAAUGUGAAAGAAGAACUUAAUGAGGAGUAUAGGUCUCAGAUUGCUGGCUUCCCUGGUGAAGUUUUAACCAAUAGGGAACUUUUGGUCAUAAUAAGUAUGUACUUUCAAAAAAAUAUGACAGUUUUUAAUAGUCCAUGUACUCAAUGUUAGAUUUUUGUAAAAGCCUGCCUUCUGGGAGUUGGAAAAGAGAAAGUUGGAUAGUUAUCCAUUCUUUGUACUAUCAUGUACUAUUAAAUCAAAAUGCAUCAUGGUUUUGCUGAAGUUCAUAAAGUAAGCCGUAGAGAAAAUGCUUGACCACCCAUUUGGGGCUGAACUAUUAUUAUCUGCCUUUCUUCCUCUGUCCUCUUGAAAUCUACAAAGAUGACCAGUUCUUAAUAGCACAAGGUGAGAGCCAGGUGGUCCUGGGGUGUUGGCUGCAUCGCUGUUCCUUGCUGGGAGCUAGGGACUCCCUUUUCGAGACCAGCCUUGUAGCAUGUGUUGGAGAGGAAUGAGGUGCUCACCCUGUCCCUUCUGGGGGCAGUCAGUGGUGGUGGCCUGUUUCCUUUUUUGCCUGUCAUCUUCUCAAGUGCACAUAUUUACACAGUUUGUACCUCUGGUAUCCCACCAGCACCUUGGAUGAUAGGAAUGGAUUGCCUGCUUCCCCUCACCACCACCCUGUGGACCGAGUGAAUGUUCCAGACACACAGUGAAACCAGCAAAGUCAAGCCCUUGGUUUACCCUUUUCCACCUGAUCUCUGCUGUGAAAGGCCCCUACAUGGUGUGUGUGUGUGUAUAUAUAUAUAUAUAUAUGUAUGUGUGUGUGUGUAUACACAAGGUGUGUAUGUAUACACACACACACACACACACACACACGUGGAUGUUUUUUCCCCAUAGAUGUGAGCAUUUCUCUGCGUAACAGGCAGAUGGCAUGUGUGUGUACAUAGCCAUCUUAAUUUCCGUCUUACCUGUAGCAGGUGGGUGUAUGUCUCAGCGGAUACUUGUGAAUGUGUGUAUGGCUGGAUGCCUGAGGGUGUUUGUGUUGCUACAGAUGCCCUAUUUGAGAGAUUUCCUAGCAGCUAGAUUCUUGCAUGGGGAUCCUAUAACCUGAAAACGGCAAGAAACAAAGAAAGGUCAAGCUCUAAGAGAAUUACUACUCAAAUUUCACUACCCUGGAAGCCUUACUAUCUAUUUCUUAAUAUAACUUACCAAAAGAAAGAAAGAAAAAAAAAUAACCAGUGAUUGGUCACUAAAAGUAGCACAGAAAUAUUAGUAUAUUUAUUUAAAUCAGCCUGCAGCAGAGACCCUGCUAGAAUAAAGUGAUGUUAAGUAUUUCUGAGUAGUGUUUUUGCUUUAUGGAUCUUGUUACAUACAGAGAAUAAAUCACGACUGUGAAUUUACGACUAUGUCACCAUGUCAUAUUCCAUUAUAAAUAAAAUGUGGAUUGUUCUUGAGCCCCUAGUGCAGUUCUUGAAUGGUUAGAUCCUCCAUCAGAACCACUGUUCUUAGCUUUAAUCACACGGAUGCCCAGAAUAUUAGAUUUUGGGUCACUUUUUGACAAAAUGUGUGUUGGUCACAGAUGAAAAGGAAUCACACUGACACAUAUUUAUCAGGUAUUGUAUAUCAGAUCCUGCUCUGCACAGCCUUGCAAUCCCCACAUUCUUUUGAGAUAAGAAUUACUCAGUUUUGCAGGUGAGAGAAAAGGAAGGUCAGACAGGAAGGUACUUGCCCAAGGACCCAUGGCCAGUAGGUGGAAUUUCAAAGAGGUGUUUGAUACCAGUCCCUCUCUGUCCACUAUACCCCAAAGCAUGACCCAAGUGGCUUGGCAUUUCUGAAUGUGGAGGAGGGACCUAGAGACACACCUUGCAUCAGAACCUGCAGUGGGGCAUUGCUUGGGAGCCAGGAUCACUUCUUUCAACUUGGGGUUUGCACUAUAUAGUCCCUUCGAUUUUCUCCCUUAGGCCGGAAGGUUUCCUGGGGUAGUCCAUGGAAAGAACUCAAAAAGGCCCCUUCUUGCUGGAGAGCCUACCAGACAGCCAGUGUUGCAGCUGCUGCCAGACACAGGAGUGCUGUGGGUCCCAGCAGCCACCUGGAGUUUUGCCUCCCCACCUUCCUCCCCUCCCUGCUGGCUUGGGCAGAAUCCAUCUGGGCCUUGGGUGCAGAAUGGGCAUCUGGGCCUUCGGUGCACCUGGCCUGGCCUCUUCUUGGUGCAAGGACACCAUUAUGCUCAGCCCUGGUGGGAGAGAGGCUGUCUGCAGGGCAGCCUGGGAGGUCUGGAGCCUGGGGAUCUUGGCUCCUUGACGUAAGUGUUCUCAGCAAGCAAUUUGCAUCCCACUACUUCCCCACACCUGCCCUCAGGACUUGACAAAACAGACAGAAAAUGGGACUAGGGUGGGGAACUAUUUUUAAGUUUUGGAUUCAGUUGUGCGUCAACCAUUUUCUGCCCAGCUGCUUGUUUCCGUGGGAGGCAGGAGAUGGAGGGUGGGGUGCUCAUCCCUCAGGGUUGCUUCUCCUACAGAAAGAAGAUGAGCUUUCAAAGGGUGGGUAAGAAAUGUAAAACUACUGAAUAAAAUCAGACUUUAGGACUCUGCGAGUCCUUUUGGCUAGGUCCUGUCCCGUUUCUUCCUAGAUAACCCAGUUUGUUUCACCUGCGAAAUAAAUCUCUUUAAUGCAUUGUUAGAGUCUCCCCAAGAUUCCUAAAGCCUGAGGCAGCACAGAAGAGUUUGCUUUCAAUAUGGCACGACCAGCCUACCAGUUCUGUCUCCCUCAGAAACAUCAGUGUUUUUAAUCUUAGAAUAAAAGACUUUCCUCUUAAGCCCCCAGGACAAAUGCAACAAGCCCCCAAGCUAUUAUCUGAACUGUGUCUUAGGUACUUCUUUUGGCACUGGAUUUGGAUGUGGACCGCAGUAUUUGAAUGUACAGCCGCCUGGACUUACCUGUGUUUCUAUGUAUCUGAAAUUUCACUUGUGGCCAGGAGCCUUCAUUUGUGAAGUUGUUCAUCCUUUAGGAGUUUUUAAACCCUAAGAAGUCUAGGAAAGGUUCAUCUGAGAGGACAAGGAACUAUGGCUCAGGGAAUUAUCUAUGGGACCUGGGCAUCUGAUCUGCAGGUGACAAGUCUAGUUCAACUUAUUGUGGGAGAUUUAGAUAGAUGCGCAUUCAUCACUGUUCUAGGGACCAGGAAGAAAGAGGUGGCCGUGGCUUUCGUGUGCAAGUGCCCCUCAGUUCCAGAAAUACAGAAAUAUUCAGACAUACACAGAAAAUUGAAGUAUUAUAUCUUAGUAUUUAGGUACUAAGUGCUUAGUACUAAGUACUUAGCAUUAUGUCAGUACUAGUACUUAUGUGUUAGUACUUAGGGGGGAACAUACGAAAAACUAAACUUUAAUGAUAAUUCCUUAUUUUACGAUGAAUUUACUCUGGGACCCCCUAAAUUUUGACAUGUUUAACCAGAUUUGAUUUCUAAGCUGUCAUUUAUAUAUACAACUAUUGCAUAGAGGGCAGAACACCAGCAAGGAAGAUGUAGGACAUAUACUGACUCCCCAGGGUAGUUGACUCACUUUGUGGUUGUCACAUCCUCGACAACGGUGCUAAUGAGAGGCCCAGAGAGGCCUGGGCCAGGGAUUAUUUGAGAAGAGAUUAAUUGACAGUUGCUUUUGUUAGCAGGACUCCACAUUUCUAAAUUUCUACUCCAGCAUCAAACAGAAAGUUCAGUGAUAAAAUCAUUCUAUCUAUUUCUGAUGGAGUCAAUUGCAAAAAAACGUGGUCAGUAACCUUUUAUGUUCUUUCCAAUUAGUUCCGUACUUUGUAACUGGGAGGGACAGUUUUGCAAACUGGCUUUGCUGAAGGUCACUGGUCACUCUAUGUAUAAGACAGCCUGAGUGUGGGCUGCUGCAUUAACUGGGUGGUGGGCUCUAUUGGGGCAUUCCUAAAUGUGCAAAGGAAUGAAUUAGACACCAGCAACCAUCUAUGCAAGUCCAUUUACAUCUCCAAGUUUAUGCUACGAGGCCUCUUCUCAUUGUGAUGUUAGUAGCAGUGUUAGCAUCUGUCGUGGUCACGGUAUAGCUGGUCUCCAAGUUACUUUGUUCCCUUUUGGGUCCUCCAGUGAUAGCCCUCCCCCAUCUCAAUUAACUAUAAAACAUUUUUUAUUCUGUAAACAUGGAAAAUAAACUGAGAUCCCAAAUUGUA